AACAUUUGUUUGAUUUAGCAAAAAAUGUAUAAACAGUAUAAGCUAUUCGUUUCGCCUCAAGUAUUGUGAUAUCUAAGGCAUUGAUGGCUUGGAUUUGUUGUGCAUGUUCUUUGUAAUAAUUUUAAGGGGAAAGGACACAGUUUUGAUUCUUGAUAAAGAUUUUUUCACGUCUGUACCUAUAUACUACAUCAUAAUGGCUGAAAACCGAGAGAUGAUUUUAGCUGAUUUUCAGGCUUGUACAGGAAUUGAUGAUGUUGGAGAAGCUAUUCUUUAUUUGGAAGGAACAAAUUGGGAUUUAUUGGCAGCAGUAAAUCAAGCAAUGCCACGAGGUACUCAACAACUUCCUUUUGAUAUGGGUCCUGAAGUAGAAAUGAUAGAAGAAAUAGGAAGUAUACCUCAUUCUUCGAUAAUAACGCAAACAAGUUCUUUAAAAAAUGCUGAAACUGCAAAGUCAGAAAUAAUAGAAAAUGUUAAACCUGGAACAAGUCAAUCAAAAAGUAAUGCGCCUGCUAAGAUGCUUACAUUCCAUAUUAAUCAUUUAAACAGAACUUAUAAAAUAGAUCUAUCUGAAUUAUCUACUGUAGGUGAACUUAAGCAAUCUAUAUGGAACAAAACAAAUAUUACACCGUGUCAACAAUUGAUACAUGGAUGGAAAAAGGGGCCCCAAACAAAUUCUACUAUUCUUCAAACAUUAGAAUUACCAAGGGAAAAUACAUUAUCUGUGACAUCUCUUUCAGACAACUGGGAUUUAACAGGAGAAAUCGUAUGUUUGUCGGAUCGUGUCACACUAACUUAUACUUUAAACAUCAAGGAUGAAGUACACAAUAAAUCAUAUAAAUUAAAAUUUCCUGGAACGCACACGAUAUUAGAUGUCAAAACAAAUAUAUACUCAUUGAUUGAUGUGCCUGUUCGACAUCAACAAUGGAAAGGCUGGCCGAGCUUAUUAACAGAUGAUAAUGUAAUAUUGGCACGAAGUGGUAUUCAUUAUCCAGAACAUGAUUUAUCUGUUAGUAAGCUUCCUUCUAAAGAAGAAAAAAAGGAUGUUGUAGAAUUAAUUGACAGUGAUAGUUCUAUAGAUGAACCAGAAGAUGUGGAAGAAUUUGAUGUUCCUGAGUCAUUUAAUGUUGAGGAUGAUAUUUUCAUAGAUAACAUCAGAUCUACCAAAAUACAACGUCUUAUGCCAGAAAAUGUAGAAGAUGAAAUAGUAGGUACACUACACUUUGCAGAGCAAUACGAAAAGCGUUAUGGCCUUAAUCAUCCAGAAUUUUUUACCGGCACUUUUGAAGAUGCUAUAAAAGAAUCAUGUCUAAAGCCUGCAAAGGAGAGGAAAUUAUUAGCAGUAUAUUUACAUCAUGAUAACAGUGUGUUAGCAAAUGUAUUUUGCACGGAAUUACUAGGCUUUGGAACAGUACUUCCAUUACUUUCUGAACAUUUUAUUGUUUGGGGUUGGGAUAUCACAUAUGAAUCUAAUAAACAAAGGUUUUUGGAAUCAGUGAAUCAUACACUUGGGUCUGUUGCUGCACUAACUGUGAGAAAUAUUGAUGUUGACACUUUACCAGUUCUUAUGAUAAUAAUGAGAUCUAGAUCAAAUACAGAAAUAUUUACCAUUGUGCAUGGUAAUGUGGGAGUUAAUGAAUUACUUACUAAUUUAAUUCAAGCAGUUGAAGUUUUUCAGGAACAAAGACGUACCGAUAUUGGAGUAGAAGAAGAAAGACAAGCUAGAGAAAAAGUCAAACAAGAACAAGAUAGAGCUUAUCAAGAAAGCUUGGCUGCAGAUAGAGCAAAAGAAGAAGCAAAACAAAUGCAAGAAGAGAUUGAAAAAAGACGAAAGGAACAGGCAGAAAAUGAAAGGUUAGCUGAAGAAGCAAGAAAGGAAGCUCAUAGACAAGCAAUAGAAUCUAGUUUACCUCCCGAACCCCAACAAAACGCAGGUGAUGGUGUUCUCAAAGUAAGAGUAAGGCUUCCAGCUGGAAAAUUUCUUGAACGUAGAUUUCAGCCAGAUACACCACUUCAAACACUCCUUAAUUUUUUAAUUGUGGAAGGUUAUCCUACGGAAGAAUACAAAGUUCUUUCUAGUUGGCCUCGAAGGGAUGUAAGUAGAUCAUUUAACAUCUAUGGAUUCAAAAUUGACGUUAAUGGAACUAAAGUUCUGUCCACAAGAAACAGUAAUAUUAGAAGAACGAUAAAUUAUUUGUUAUAAUUAAAUUAAAAUGUAGGUGUUAAGCAUCAAAAUAUUCUUAAAAUGUAUUUAUUUAACAAAUUUGCAAUAGUAAAUGGUUAAUUUGAGUUUUGUUUAUUAUACAAUUACAUUUUACGUCAUACUUUCUUCACAUAGAUAAAUAUUAACAGAUGUAGUUUUAUUUUGUAAAAACUCAUUACCCUCAUACAUGUGAAUUGUAUGUUUUAAAUAUUCACAAAAUAAAUUACAUUUUGAAAAUUUUA